AUGUGUAAGAAGGAAGAGACCUUACGAGGCAGAACAUUCACAGGUUGUUGGGCUUGUCGGUUUAAGAAACGUCGGUGUGAUGAGGCUAAACCUCGAUGUUCGUUAUGUGUAAAGCACGAUGACCGCUGUUGUUACGACGUGCGGCUCAUUUGGCUCGACGAAAACCUCUAUAGACGUCGUGGAGGUGUGUUGGCCAGUACUAGUAGACGCGGAUCUUCCACGAGACGAAAGAUCUCUAGGCAGAGAUUCAAACACCUAACUCAGUAUAGAUCUCUAUCGCCUCCUACAAGCGAUGGUGAAGAAAAAGAGGAGAACUUGACCCAGAAGGUAGAUCCAGCUGAUAGCUUUACUAUCAGUGUACGAAGAUUACGUAUCUACGAUAAUGCGAUUUCAUCAGUGUAUGGACCACCAGGGGAUCGGCAUUAUGGCCAAAAAUAUGUCAAUAACGUAUUGAACGGCUUGCUGGACAGGCUAGAAGACGACCAGGAGUCCAAUGACUCGUGCUGUGUGGACAAAAGACGCGGGCCGUUUGGUAAGUUUAGCAUGAGUUGUGGUGUUAGAAGCGCACAGAUACCUUCACCUAGUAAUAGGCAUACAGUUGAGACUCCAGACUGUAAAAAGCGUAAGUUGCUCAUCGACGGGCUUGUGGAAAAUAAGAUCUACGCACUGUUGUGGCUCAAUACUCAUAAGAACAUGAUACUGAGUCGCCCAGAGUAUUGUACUUGGUUUCUUAACUACAUGAAAAAUACUUUGCCGGGUGCAUUCGGCGAAUUCUUAGAAAAGAUCAUCGAUGAUGCCAAUCCGUUCAACAUAUCGCAUUGGGUCCAGAAAAUCAGAAGCCAAUGGCAUAAUAAUCCGGAUUGGCAGGCCAUUGCAUUUACCAUGCUCACCGUUGUCCAUGGCUACACAUGUCCGGAGUUGUCUCAAGAACUGGAAGCCUGGAUACAAAAACAAUCUUUCUUGCAGUAUUCCAUGUUUCCGCUGCUCAAUUUCAUAUUGAGGAACACUACGCUGCUAUCGGUGCUGUAUCACUGCAAUCAAUUGCUCAGUAACAACCAAGAGAGUUUACAAGAAGUUUCCCAGGCCAAAUUAACGCACGAAUUACAAGUACUCGUUACAGAGAGGCUUGUUAGCAAGUGGAGAGAUCGAAUCCUGGAGCAACUCUGCGCAUGUCAGGACACUUCGCAGUCCUGUACACAGCUGAAAUUCUGGGAAUUGCAGUUGAAACACAACGAACAGUUUUAUAGAGACAUUUACACAUCGUAA